CUCUGUUGACAGAGGGCUAUUAACUUCAGCACCGUGGAGAGCAGCCGCCAUGGAACAAGGGAGAGCCAGAUAGCGAUUGGAUAAUAAUGUUAAGAUGCCUAAAUCGCGAGUAGAGAGCAGUGUGCCUAUUGGUCAGGACUGAUGGGACAGCAGAUUCACGGACAAUGAUAGGACAGCUACGGCAUUGGAGAUGCAUUACUUCCACGACCUCGUAUAAAAAGUGAAAUAACAGUGAUUUAUUCUACUUUAUCUCUUCAUUAUCAAGCUUUGUCAUUCCUCAUAUUCGAUGUGGUGGAACUGACAGCAUGCAGCCGAGGGACAGGACAUUGUAAAUAGCAACAGUGCGCUCAGCACAGGAGGAGGUUCAAGAGAUUGAGGACCAAAACAAUCUGAACAAUAAAAUCAACAGUCAUGGCUGCAGAGAAUAACUUCCCUCCAAUACCGGGGUUCAUCCCCCUGCAGCCAUGUUUCUACCAGGACUUUGACGAGGAGAUCCCUGAACAGCAUCGCACCAUGUGCAAGAGACUCUACCACCUGUGGAUCUUGUAUGCAAUCACCCUGGCUGUGAAUUUGGCGGGCUGCUUUGUGUGGAUGCUGGGUGGAGGGGGCGUGACAAAUUUUGGCAUGGCCAUCAUAUGGUUGAUUCUCUUCACCCCCUGCUCCUAUGCAUGCUGGUUCAGGCCCAUCUACAAGGCUUUCAAGACUGACAGCUCGUUCAACUUCAUGGCGUUCUUCUUUGUGUUCAUGGCCCAGGUGGGCAUCAGUAUUAUCCAGUGCAUAGGGAUCCCAGGCUGGGGAAACUGCGGCUGGCUGGCCACCAUCUCUUUCUUCAGCUACAACCUUUGGAUCGCCUUGCUGAUGCUCAUCCCCACCCUCUUUUUCACUGCCACGGCAACGCUGUCCUUCAUCGCCCUCACCAAGGUCCAUAACUUCUACCGUGGCAGCGGGGGCAGCAUAGGCAAGGCUCAGGAGGAGUGGACCACAGGGGCCUGGAAGAACCCCCACAUCCAGCAGGCAGCGCAGCAGGCAGCUAUGGGAGCCGCCACGGGGGCCAUGGUUCCGGAUCAGCAGUACUCCAGCAACACCCCACAGUACAAUGACAACCAGAUGUAGGGGAUAAAGUGGAGGGAAGCUUGUCAAAGCAGGAGCAGGAGUUUGGUAUCUGUUUAUCCCAUCCCCUAAAAAGUGUGUCUUUAUCACAACAGCUCUUUCUAUAGGGCAGGGGUCUUCAACCUUUUUUGCCCAGGGACCCUCUCCCAGGCACACCAGCAACCCAGGGACCCCCAUCAUACGUUAGUGAUUUGUUUUCUUCUCACUUGUCUUUUCUUAGCAUCAAGUGAAUGAUAAUGUCAAGGAGAAGUAAUCAACAUUUCAAAAAUGAAUAGGAUUGUUUUUCAUUAUUGUAAUUGGGGAAGGAAGUCUAACAUAGCCUAUUAGCUUGAAAGGUAACUCCAAACACACUAAGAGCUGCUGUUUAGCUGGUUACACAAAGGUAGUUUGUGUAACAUACACAUAUGUUUGGAAAAAUGCAUGUCUAAGCCAAGAAAGCUUAAAAGCAGCCAGCGACACUUGACGCACUGGUAGCCGAUGUCAGAUACUCCGGUGAGUGUAAUUGGCUCCAAUAAGUGUCAUUUGCUUAAUAUUAGGAGUUAAGAAAUAAUGUCGACAUCAUUAGAAGGAAGAUAUUCUCCUCUUUUCUGCUGUAAUCAUUUAUUCUAUUGUUGCUAGCGAUAUACCCCUGCUAUAGGGCACUACACUACACUUCCACACUCUACCAGCUGACUCUGAACACCCAUAAAGACAUUUCAUGUUCUCAGCAUCUCCACUGAACUACAGUAACUGGUUUCUACUGUGUGAUGUCAUAUUCCUGCUUCCGUUGCUUUGCUUUGAUGUGUCACAUCAAAGACGUGUCCCUAUCUUAUGUCACUGUGUUAGCAGGGCCCUGUGGCCACAUGCACACAGCACCAACUCUGUGCGUCAGAGCUCAUUCUGAUCACCCACUAUCCUCUCCUCUAUGAUCUUCGGUUUUGGUUUUUGGUAGCCUCCUCCUGCUCAUGACUUGUAAAGUCAUGCUCAUGAUAUAGUAUCUCAAUUAUAUAUAUAUAUUUUUCACAGUAAGUUACUGGAGUCUAGGUUUUGCUGUGAAUAAAUGUAGCCACUGGCUGUAGGAAGAGAGCCAUGUAAGACUGUGUUUGAGUGCAAUACUAUUCACUUUUAAAUUUAUUAUUUUUUAUUUUUUAAAUCUACUGAUAUUUCAAAGCGGAUAAAAACGGUUUAUUACAGAAUGUAGCACUGGGAUAACUUUAAUAUUUUACCAGGAGUGUUUAUGUACAGUAGGAGAUAGCGUAUUUGGUAAUAAAUAUGUAUUUUAAGAAUGUAUUACUUUGUAUACUAGUGAAUGCCAGCUGAUUGACCAAAACGGACUCUCCUCUGAGCCAUCAGGGUAUUAUUUUCAGGUAAAGCAGAGCUAUAAACACUGUGAACCUUUCCCUUUAAGUCCAUGUGUAUGUUUUUGAUAGCUUAUAUAAUAUGUAUUUAAAAUGAACCCAUAGUCCUGUUUUGAUUUAAUACUGAGGAGUUUAACCUGGACGUUGGUGUUGAUGUCCCUGGGGCUCACUGUGUACGUUGAUAUCUUUCAUCGGGCUGACUCAGAGACUGUUUUAAAGAGACUCAAUGGAGAGAUAACUGUGUGCUACCAGCUCCUAGGCCUGAGCUGACAGAUUACAGGCCAGUCGCAUUUAUCCACAGUCAUGGAAAUGGGACUUUCUUCUGAAAGUUUGAGAAGUAAUGAAUGAAGUAAUGAAUGCGUACCAAAACACAGAACUCUUUUUAGGGGACUUUUGUACAAAAUGUCUUUAGAACAAGGCUCUCCAAGCCUGUUCCUGGAGAGCGCUACCGUCCUGUAGGUCUCCAAUCCUAAUCUAGCGCACCCGAUUCUAAUAAUUAGCUGGUUGAUCAUCUGAAUCAAGUAAAUUACAACUGGGGUUGGAAGGAAAACCUACAGGAGGGUAUCUCCAGGAUCAGGGUUGGAGAGCCCUGCUUUAGAUAAACAUGUAACAUCUAUUGUAAAUGAAUCAAUGUGAGCUAUAAAUUAAUUGCUAGGAUUUCUCGUUGUGUUUUGUAUUGAAUCUCUACAUGUCUUAGAGGGUGCUCUUUUUUAAACGUGUGUAGUUAACGUCUUGUCUAGGGUUGACAAUGUUAGACAGCAGCGUUGCAUUGUAUGUCUUGUUGUACGAUUGUUUGACCACAGAGGGGCGCCGAUGGUCCCUUUUAUUUGUAUGAGAGAAAAUCCCUGAUAUCCAAGCUGCCUGCGCUCAGACGUCUGUCUAUCCAUACGGUAGACUUUAGGUCUAUAGCUCAGUCAGUAUUCAGUCAACAGCUCAAUGGUUCCUCCUGUUCCCAGGUAAUAGCUACAUGUGACCAGGAAGGAAGGGAGAGAUAGAGCCUUACAUCUAAGUGGGCUCCAGUCAGCCGCAGCCUGGCUCAUACUGCCCUCCUGCCACCUCUCUCUCACAGGGGCAGAUGGCUGAGCAGGCGGUCCCCGUGAACACAUUACAGUGUGCUCUAAGCUGUAGGGGAAAGAGAGACAUUUAUGGCAUGGUAUGGGUGCCACUUUCUCUGGGGUAGUAGGGGUUUGAAAAUGACCUAAAUGGGCUCCUAUUGAGGGAAGAAGAGAGAGAGAGCAGUAGAAAAACAGUGUUUCCCAGGUGUUCAUUAGUUCAUGUUCUAGCUAGAUCACUAAUCUGGCCUAAUCUAUAUAUACCAAGGCACCUUAACCCCUCAAGUAGCUGUAUUCACGUUCAUGUGCAACCACCACAGCUCACACAGUACCAGCAGAUGCUGUUGCUUCUUUGUCAUGUCCAUGUCAUUAAAUGUGUGGGAGAUCAUUGAACCAGUGGGAUAUCCCCCUUAUGCUUAUGCUGAUCAUGUGAGAUGGCGUGGUCAUCUUGGAGAGACAACUAGACAGUAUUCUGAAGCACAGUUAGAAGAGGACUUUUAUUCUAAAGUGUAAUUGUUACGUACAUUUAAAAAUGUUGUCUUGUCGUUUUAUGUUUUGAUUUCCCUUACGGACAUUAAACAAACUCUAUUCCAUUUUAUGCCUUGAAUAUAUACAGUGGGGUAAAAAAGUAUUUAGUCAGCCACCAAUUGUGAAAGUUCUCCCACUUAAAAAGACGAGAGGGGCCUGUAAUUUUCAUCAUAGGUACACUUCAACUAUGAAAGACAAAAUGAGAAAAAAAAUCCAGAAAAUCACAUUGUAGGAUUUUUAAUGAAUUUAUUUGCAAAUUAUGGUGGAAAAUAAGUAUUUGUUGCAAUUCUUCGUUUUAAUCAAACAUUUGCAUUUCGUAAUUAAAAUAUGAUGUUGAAAUACUUUCCAAAACACAACAUGUGAAACCAAGAAACAUUUAUUCUCUUUCUAGUAAGAAAACCUAGUGUGAGCCUGUGCAUCCAGAGACUGCCUAUAGGUGGCAGUGUUGAUCCAGUGUGAGUGAGGGGUGCGCUGUUAAACUGUUCAACCAGUUGUCCACUGGGGGCAGUAUACGAUCUGUGUUUUUCUCCUCUGCCAGUGUGUGAUUUCCCCAGAUACACAGGCCUGAACACAAACAGAAAGAAAUCCCAGAUAGUCAAGGUGAUAAAAGUGAUAUGGCCAGCAUUUACUUGUCUGGCUAAUAACUUUACUCUUGGUAAACUCAAAUUUACUGAGCACAAUUUCACCCUGGACAUCCUCUGAGAAGGUGUCUCAUCAUAGAUUAGAUUCAAAAGCCCUUUAAAUGGAUUUAUCUCUGGAUGUCCCCUUGCUUUCCCGCUCUCCCUGUGUUGAGAGUGAUAGAAUCACUCAGAGGAGCUGGAGAAGAAAUGACACAGUGAUAUAGGCACCCAGAGGACCCACUAGCAGUCACGGACCAGCCCUGUUAUUGGUAUAAACAUGAAAAGCCAUCUGUUGAAUUGGGCCCACGUUUUAUGAAAGAACAAGUCAGAUAGAUGCAUUCUGGUUAAUAUGAAAUAGUGAUGGUUGGCAGCAUUGGAAUUGCAUCAUUGAUUCAUAAACAACUAAGGUUGUAUAGCGAUAGUGCAUAUCAUACUCAGCAUGUUAUAAGCAUUUAGUAACAUCAAUAGUAUUUAGAUAGUUGCUAUUUUUAACACAUUGUUUUGUCUUUCAUGAUAGUGUAGUAGACAUGACUAUACCAGGAACUCAGCUUAGCAACAUCUCACCCAGGUCUUAGCGAAGAUGUGAAAACUGCUCUCGGUGUUGAAUUUACAACAUAAAGUCAAUAGCCAUUCCUCAAAAUGUGUCGGCAUUAACUUUUGACCUGGCUGUGUAUCCCCCUCCAGCUUCAAUAUUUUGAUUAUAGUCACCAUGGCAAACUGCUAAAAAUUCCCUCAUACAGUAAACACAUCUCUUCCCCAUGAUCAGUCAAGCUUACAUGAGAGGAGAGGGCUGUGGAGGGCAGUGUGAAGAAGGAGGGGGGUCCACACAGAGGCCACAGUGUAUGUCCUGGAGCAGGCCGAACACAGAGGGGCUUUAUGUGCUACCAGUCAGCAGAGAGACAGACAGAGAGUUCCCCUUCAGGCUGUUCUAAACACUCCCAGGGACCGGGGCUGAGGGAUCACACCCUGGCUACUGCUAAACCAUGCUCUUAGAGGUGUGUGUCUGCGGUCACUUACCUAAACCAAACCUGGACUCUCUGGGAUCACUCAGGCGUGUGGUGAGUCACCUGGAACAUGGUGGAGCUGAAGAUCAGUUUAGGUGUGACCUGGUCUCAGUUGGCCUUGUAGACCAGGCCUCUUGGAAGUCCAGACUUUGGUUUCUCUCAUUUAGUUGCUCAUUAAGAUAAAUACAUCAGCAGCUCAGCGGUUAACUAACAGAGUGAUUAAUGGCUAGUAGAAGGCACACAGAAGGCAGUAUGGCAAAUCCACAGGCAUCCCUGUUCUUAUUUUCUUGAGUGUAACUUAACAUGAUGUGUUCUGGAGACACAGGCAAACACACACACACACACACACACACACACACACACACACACACACACACACACACACACACACACACACACACACACACACACACACACACACACACACACACACACACACACACACACACACACACACACACACACACACACAC